CGUCGCGUGAUUGAGCUUUCAACGACUGAGCAACUGAACCUACAGGAAAGCCCAUCUGAGAUCGAGAAAUGGGUUGAACGAUUCGAGCUGUGGUGCAGCAUUCGCAAAGGUGGUACACAAAUUCAGUCAACCCUAUUUCUUACUGCUGGCGGCGGUGACCUGUACUCCCUGUUGAAAAACCUGGCAUUCCCAGACCCUCCGGCUAAACUACCAUACGAGUCCCUGAAAUCGCUGCUUCUCAACCACCUGCUGCCCACUGAAUUCCAAGCACACGAAAGGGCCAAAUUCAACUCCAUGAUUCGUACCGAUCUUGUUUCCUGCCGUGAAUUCAUCUUGCAGCUGUACAAACAAGCAUCGCGCUUCAACUAUGGUGAUCGCCUGGAAGACCAAAUGUGUGACCGCUUAGUGGCAGGCAGCAAUAAUCUGAUUCUUCAACGGAUAUUGCUGGAGAAGAAAGAUUUAACUUUUGCUGCGAGAUCUGUGAGCAACACGACGACCUGA